AUGGAUGAAAUCAACUUAAAUCAAUUAAAUACUAAUAAUGGUGUUACAAAAGUCGAUCCAAAAGAAGAACAUUCAUUAUCAUCAUCAUCAUCAUCAUCAACUUUAUUUGUUUUUCAACAAUCUUUAAGGCAUGGUCAACCCAAUGAAACACGUCAUUAUCAAUUAAAAGCACCAUUAUGUGUAUCGCAACGAUAUGAAGAAGAAUUUUUUAAUCAUUUUCAUAUCAAUUAUUUUGGUGAACUUGAGCGUGAAGGUUUAUUUUUAGCUUCUGUUCGAUCUAUUCGAACAAAACCAGAUAAAAAACAGUUACGACUAUCAUCUUUUUAUUCGAUGACAAAUGAUGACCAAAAUCAACAUUUAAUUCGAGCUAUUAUUCGUACAAUGGAUAACAAUUAUGAUGUAUCAGGAAUGAUAAAUGUGAAAAAUGAAGAAAACAUUUUACAAUUUCUAUUAGACAAAGCUAAAUUAUCACGUAUAUGUCAUGUUGACCUUAUUCAUGAUAUAGAAGCACAUGAAAAAAUUCUUGAAUUUGACAAAUAUAAUGAUGAACAACUUUUCAAUAAAGUUGGUAUUGUUUAUCAACAUUUAAAUCAAUCAAGUGAAAUUGCAAUAUUAAGUAACGAUAAGAUGUCGAUUGAAAUGGAAAAUUUUCUAAAUUUAAUUAGUGAACUUGUUCAAUUACAAAAUUUUAAUAAAUAUCGUGGUGAUCUUGAUACAAAAACAGAUCAACAUGGAACAUAUUCUUAUUUUGCCACAUAUCAAAAUCAUCAAAUUAUGUUUAAUGUAGCACCAAUAAUUCCAUCUGAUAAAAAUGAUCUAGAAUUUAUUCAAAGAAAAAGUUUAAUUGCUAAUGCAUUAAUAUGUAUUGUUUUUCAACAAGGAAGUGGACUUUCAUUUCAACCAGAUUUUUUUAUUGGAAAAGUAACACAAGUCUAUAUUAUAGUACAACCUAUGCAAAUUAAAUCUGAUCUUUAUUACAAAAUUGAAAUUUGGCGUCGUUCUGACAUUGAGCCAAUAGUUGAUCCAUCUGGUGGCAUUUUUAAACAUGACGAAUCAUUUCGAGAUUAUUUUCUUACAUUAAUUUUGAAUACAAUGAAUACUAUUUUAAAAAAAGAUUUUUUUCGUAAACGUUUUAUUGAACCAACAUAUCGUUUGAAGAAUGAAUAUCUUAAAAAACUUUCUGAAAUGUUUUGUUCUUAUUCUAAAUAUGAUUUAUCAACAUUACGUGGCAAUGAUGAAAAUAUACAUAUUGAAAAUUCAAACAUAGAAGAAAAUAUAACGUCUAAAACUCAUCGUCUUCGCAUGAUAACGAAAAUGAUCGGAAAAUUAAAUACUAACAAUCGAUCAAGACAAUCUAUUUCAUGUACAGGAAUUACGGACAAAAUCAGUGUAUCAGACAAUAAAAUGUCGCCAACAAUAAUAAAACCAAAUCCUUGGAUAUCAUCAAAUGACAAAACAAAACAGAGUUCCCCUACGAGAUUAAAUGUUAUGGGUCGAAAGUCGACAACUAGAGCCCCAUCUCCAUUAUCACUAUUCGAUCGUGUCAGUCAUCGUGAAGAAGAAGAUUCAAAGUCAAAAGAACCAUCAAGAGAAUCGAUGUCAUCAUUGGUUACAAAUAAAGUACUUUCUGUUGGAUCGAAUCCUGAAAUUGUAUCAUCAUCAACACCAGUCAUGAACGAGAACAUAGUCCAUGAGAACGAUGAUAACAAAGAUUAUUCAACUCGUCUUUUUAAUAAACGUAAUGGUGAAGAACUCAAUAAGAAUCAACAUAUAGAGAUUAAAAUGAACAAUUAA